GACACAUAAGGGUAUGACUGGGCCAGACUGGAAUUCUAACACAUACGAUUUCAUGUGACAAAUUAAAUUGAUUGAAAAGAAAAGAAAGAUUAAAUAGCUGGUAAAACAGUGAGGCUUUUGCAAGAUACUACACCAGUCUGUUUGUCCUCAAGAGGAAAUCAUCUUUCAUCCAACAUGAAGUAUCUUGUCCCGGAGCAGUUUUUCCUGGCUCUGCUGGGAUUCCUCUGUGCACAGAGUUCACUAUCAAGUACCACCACAGAGAUGCCACACAACGACAGCUCCAGUACAAACUGGCCAUCCAAUUAUACCACCACUGACAACAACAACAGUCCUACUGGUUCCAACCCUACAGUUUCCUAUUCCACCAGUUCCAGAACCACUGGAACCAAACCCACAGGUUCCAGCCCCACAGGCUCCAAUCCCACAGUAUCCAAACCCACGGGAUCCAACCCCACAGGCUCCAACCCCACAGGAUCCAACCCCACAGGAUCCAAUCCCACUGGGUCCAACCCCACAGACUCCAACCCCACAGGAUCCAACCCCACAGGAUCCAACCCCGUCAGUAGCCAGACCCUCACAGUGAUGGUGACCAGACCCACAAUGAGCAUGACUACAAUGAACAGACAGAGCCACAUCUUCACCCCUGUCAGUCUGCUGUUUGGAUCACUUGCGCUUCAAGUACUUUGGUGAUAGUGGACUUACAUCAGUUGUGUGUUAAACCAAAUUGCGGUAUAUGAAAUUAGGAAUUGAUUAGGGAGAGUCACAGAGAAAGAUCUAGCUCUUAAUUAACAUUCAAAUAAUAACUUUGGCAGAUUCUGUUAAGGCUGAAGCCGAUGCGCAUGAAUCCUAAUGAGUUGAAGCGUGUUUGUUUGCCUUUUAAGAGAUUAAUAAAACAUUAAAUGUACCCUUUCUGCAUACUGUAGGCUUAUUAUUUGUCUUGUUUGAAUAUAUUUUUAGUUAAUCGAACAGCGUAUAUUAAAUGUUUUUUUGUUGAUAUGUCCAAAAAAAACAAUAAACAUUGGAAAAAAAUUGACUAUUACCAUGUGUCAUAUG